GCCGAGACAGUGAGGUCUCGAGAUAAGAAACUCCAAUCUAAACAAGAUCAACUCGGCUUAGGCAUCACUGCCGUCAAUCGAGCCAUGGAUAUUUUACUAACCGGUGAUGAUAAAGUACAAGCCGUUAAAAUUUUAUCUGACGGUUGCCGAAUACUCUCAGAUCUCCACUUCGUCGAGACACAAGUGAGGACAAAACUUAUCACUCCGGGAUUGGACAAAGCUUUCCUCUCCGUCAUACAGGAUCAAGAACGAGACGAAACUCUAUUUGGCGUAAAAAUAUCAGAAAAAAUAAAAGCAUCAAGGGUCAUCGAAAAACAAGGAUUGCAAAUUAAAAAGGCUUUCGUUCCUAAAGCGUCCACGUCAAACACAUCAUUUCAAACAGCACGGCCGCGCCAGCCGGGAAACUGGCCGGGCCCUCCUCGCUUCGCGUCGGCGAACAGGGGGGGGCACAGCUGGCCGUACCGGGCGCCGCCGCCAUACUACCCGCCGCCCUAUCGCCGCGCGCCGCAAGCUCAGCCAGCGGCGAGGCGCCAACCGACGCCGGCGACCAACAACAAACGUGCAAAAACGAGGCAGUAACUCAGGACCCCACGUCGCCUACAGACGCAGUUUACCCUGGGUGCCGCGAAGCUCUCGGGAAAGCAUUUACAUCAAGAGGAACUCCAGAGGCGGCACUAGAAAUAAUGAUUAAUUCUCUCGCUAAUAGCACACUACUGCAGUACGGUGUUACCUAUAAAUCUUGGUGGCAAUUCUGUCAGGCUCAUUGUUUGGAUCCUUAUAAAAGUACAUCUUCAAAUGUAAUGCUUUUUCUAACGGAACGUUUUCACAAAGGAGAUGGCUACGGUUCUUUAAAUAGUCAUCGCUCGGCACUGUCACUGCUACUGGGCAGCGACCUAGGUUCAGAUGUUCAAAUUAAACGACUACUUAAAGGUGUUUAUAAGCUAAGACCAGCUCUCCCAAAAUAUUCAAAUACGUGGGACCCUCAGAUAGUUCUUAACUAUAUCGGAAAGUGGAUACCCAAUAGAACUCUCUCUAUUGAACAAAUUACUAAAAAGCUAGUAGUUCUCUUAGCUUUGUGUACUGCACACCGUGUGCAAACACUCUCGCUCAUUAAAUUGGAGAAUAUUGUGAUACGUCCUUCUGGAAUCGAAAUCGGUAUCACGGAUGUAAUCAAAACAUCCGCGGCCGGACGUGAACAGCCAGUGCUCUUCUUACCUUAUUUUAAUG